GUAUUUUCUCUCUCCAUGUCUCAAUGAUUCUCCCUGAAUCAACCGUUUCUCGCUCAUGGACGACAUAUACAGUACCUGCUUAUCCUACGCUCCACUUUGUUACACUAGCCAUUAAUAGACUCAUAGUUGAUGACCCUGUAUGUUAUCCUAUAUCUGCCUUCCUCUUUUGUCUCCUUACUUAUAUUUCCUAUGGCGAGCUCUUUGGCUGUUGGGUUCUAUUUUCUCCUUACAGAUUUGUUGUAGGUUAUUUCGAAUUAGCCAUUGCAAUCGUACAGAGCAAGCUUGAGGUCUCAGAUCUCAGGGUCAGGAACACUUCCACUCUAGCAUGAUUCAAAUUGUAUACGCAAUAUCCUCUUACGCCCAAGUCAGAUCCGCCUAGGUGCCGCCGCCGAGUUUUGGAGCUUGAACGAGUUUCAUCGAGGUGUUCCAUUGAAAAACAUAUUCACUCGUCAGCAGCUAGCCUUUUGGGCCUCUC